ACAGAAUUCUCACCACUCUCAUCCAGCGAAAGUAAUGUUUACCGCGUUAUCGAAGACUCACCUCCUCUUCUUUUAUCCCCAUCAAGAUCAUUCUGAGGGUACCAAAUCAGAACUUCCAUCAUUAUGCCCAAUGUGGAAUUCCAUUAGGUUACAACAAAGUACAGCUAUUGUAUAACCACUCCACUAUCAAAGAGUCAAAGAGUCACACUUUCUAGAGUCACUGACGAGGUUCCAUGUGCGAAGUUAAAAAAUUUUUUAAAUUAUAAACAAAAAAUAUUUUACUGAUUCGUGCGCCAGAAAUUUUUUUUAAAUAAUAAAAAAUGCUAAAUAAAAGUCUUAAAAUAUUUAAAAUAGUUUUAAAAUAACUUAAGGCAGAAAGGGGAAUCCCCUCUUGCAUAGGAAAUUACUUCUAUUGUAGGCUGAACUAUACGUUUUCGUGAACAAAAUGAAUCCGAGUGGGCCAAAUUAUCCCAUAGCUUCUUUAUAUGUUGAAAAUCUACAUGCGGAUGUUACAGAGGCUAUGCUUUUUGAAAAAUUUUCGACAGCAGGACCAGUUCUUUCCAUAAGAGUUUGCAGAGAUUUCAUUACACGUCGCUCGCUUGGGUGUGCCUAUGUUAAUUUUCAGCCGCCUGUUGACGCUGAAAGGGCCUUAGACACAAUGAACUUUGACACCAUCAGAGGAAGGCCAAUUAAAAUCAUGUGGUCACAACGAGAUCCAUCUCUAAGAAAAUCAGGUGUAGGUAAUGUCUUCGUAAAGAACCUGGACAAAACUAUUGAUAACAAAGUGCUGUAUGACACAUUCUCUGCCUUUGGAAAUAUCUUAUCAUGUAAAGUAGCAACUGAUGAGGAGAGCACUUCAAAAGGAUAUGGUUUUGUUCAUUUUGAAACUGAAGAAGCAGCAAAUAAUGCGAUCAUGAAAGUUAAUGGCUUGCUUCUUAAUGGAAGAAAAGUUUUUGUUGGAAAAUUCAUCCCCCGUAAAGAGCGUGAGAAGCUCUUUGGUGAAAAAGCUCACCACUUCAUGAAUGUUUAUAUCAAGAACUUUGGUGAUGAUCUUGAUGAUGUAAAGCUGAGAGAGCUGUUUGAGAAGUAUGGAAAAAUAACAAGUGCCAAGGUAAUGACUGAUGAGCUUGGAAAAUCUAAAGGCUUUGGAUUUGUAAACUUUGAAGAACCAGAGAAUGCUGAAAAGGCUGUUGAAGAUCUCAACGGAAAAGAAUUCAAUGGAAAGACUUUACAUGUUGGUCGUGCACAAAAGAAAUCAGAAAGAGCAGCAGAAUUGAAACAAAGAUUUCAGUUGUUGAAAAUGGAACGUAUGAACAAAUACCAGGGUAGAAAUUUAUAUGUUAAGAAUCUUGAUAAUGCUAUUGAUGAUGAAUGCUUAAGAAAAGAAUUUGCACCGUUUGGAACAAUAACUAGUGCUAAAGUCAUGACACAUAGAAAUGGACAUUCCAAGGGAUUUGGCUUUGUCUGCUUUAGCUCUGCAGAAGAAGCAACUAAAGCAUUAAGUAAAAUGAAUGGGCAAAUUGUUAUGUCUAAACCUUUGUAUGUUGCUUUAGCUCAAUGCAAAGAAGAGCGCAAAGCUCAUUUAGCUUCUCAGAUGGCCAGGAUGCGCAUGCAGUUGGGACGGAUGUUAAACCAAUGUACCAACUAUUUUGUACCAACUAUACGUCAAGCUCAGCGAAGUUACUUCCCACAAAUGGAUCAAAUGCGUGCAACUUAUCGAUGGCCCACUCAGCCUCAGAUGCGACCAGGAGGUCAACCAGCUGCAGCAUCCCAAGCUAUGCAGUUUGCUAGAGCAGCUGCACGUCCAGUAGUUGCAGCUUCGCAAAAUCCAGGAAUGAGAGCCGGUAUGAAUGCUCGACCCAUAACAGGCCAACAACCCACUGCUGUAUCUGGAAAAAGAGUUGCUGCAAUGAGUCCUACUGGUGUAGGUGCCGCACGACCUACUAGCAUUGCUUCUGCAAAUGUCAAUCAAAGACCAGCCACAUACAAAUAUACUUCUAACAUGCAUAAUCCACCACAGCCUCAAAGAGUUCAACAAGCUGUGACUCAGCAAGCCAUGCAUAUACGAGGCCAAGAACCUUUAACUGCUUCCAUGUUAGCAGAUGCCAAUGCUCAAGAGCAGAAGCAAAUGCUAGGUGAACGAUUGUUUCCUGUAAUACAUCGCUGGUAUCCUCAGAAGGCUGAAAAGAUCACUGGAAUGUUGUUGGAAUUGGAUAAUUCUGAAUUGUUGCAUAUGUUAGAACAUCAAGAGUUACUGAAUGCUAAAGUUGAAGAAGCUGUUGCUUUACUUGCAGCUCAUCAUGCUAAAGAAUAUAUAUCAGUUGCCAAAAGAAGAAAGAAGCUUAACCCUCUUGUUUCCUGAGCAAGUACACAAGAACAUUUGUUCUCAGUUAUAUGCAUUAAAAUAAAAGGCAAUAAUUAGGGGGGCGGAAGAAAAAAAAGAGAAAAAUUCUACGUGUUUUAUAUCUAGGUUUUAUAUCAUUAAGAAAUGGACCCCCCCUCCCCGGAGCACCAAAAAAAAAAAAAAAAAAGAGAGAGAGAGAGAGAGAGAGAAAUAAAUUUUUUUUAUUAUUAUAUCAUUAUUUAUGAG